AUGAUCACACUGCUUUCUGUUCUAGAAUGGAUCGGCUCGAUCUACGCGCCCUGGACGUCGUCGGAACCCUAUUACAUGGCAGCUUUAAAGGCCAUCACGUCGCCAAAUCUCGCACGUACACCAUUCAAUGUUCAGGCGCUAAUGCUUUUCUCCCUCGCCGAGUUUCAUUGCGAUUCCAGAGUCGAGGCUCGCAAGAAACUUAGCACUGCCACCGCCAUCGCACUAGAACUUCGCAUGAAUGAAAGAGACUUUGCUCGAGCUUACGGUGAGAGUGAUGCAGUGCUGGAAGAGUGUUGGAGACGGACGUACUAUAUCCUUUACAUUGUGGAUCAACAUUUCGCGGUCGUGACGAAUACGCCAUUCCAUUCAUUGCUUUCAAUAUCGAACACGGUUGAUCUUCCGUGCGACGAUGAGCAUUUCGAGUCAGGAAAUAUCCCACCUGUAGCGACCUGGUCUGAAUACCAAGUUCGUGAGUUUGCGGAAGUUGAGGUGAUCUAUUCGUCAAUAGUGUAUCUGUACGACGUCGCUAUGGUCAUCGCUUGUGUCAUGAACACCUUUCUCGACACUGGUGUAGUAAACGAGGCCCUGGUCGAGAACUGCGACACGAAACUCGCGAUCUGGUCAUCGUUGCUUCCGGCUUGUAAAAAGGAUCCACUUCGUCUAGAUGGCCAAAUCGAUGAGGUGAUGUUCAUGGCGCAUAUGUGUGCUGCAAUAACCACCUCAACACUACACCGGCCUUUCUCGUCACUGGGAUACUGUCCCGAAGAGAUGGCCACGCGAGCUUUCCUAGCACCUUCUCCUUUCACACUUGCACCGAAAGCUGGACGAAACGCACAUACCGCACGUGUGCUCAGGGCGACAGAGAUACAUACCAAGCUCCUCGCAAUCCCCUGCGCUUUUGAAAAGCAUAACAUCUUCACCAUGUGUAUCACCUCACAACUAGCAGCUGUACAAGUAUCUGCGUGUACCUACCUACUGGACGGGCAUGCGCUGUCGAUAGCGCAAGAUCGUGUCCGUCUGAGCAUCGGCUUCCUAAACACAAUGGCCACUCUCUGGCCUCUCGGAAAGAAGAUGGCAAAGGAGGUUCGGACUAUCGCGCGGUCAAGUCUUGUCGGUACCUACACCCAGCAUACGGUGGCCAUGGAUGCGGGACACGCGGUUGCUGAGAUCGACUUACCGCGCGAUGAAAUCGUGUGGCCUGUUGAUCCUUCGGCACAGGUAGAUAUUUACUCUGGUAUCGUGCUCCCUAUCGAUUGGGAUACAACGGCUUUUAGUUAUCCGUCCUUGACAUCAUCUGGGCUGGUAUGA